AUGCCCUCUCCUGACUCUGUGCAAGCGGUCGAAUAUGCGCUCCCGCCAUUUGAACAGAGUCUCAAGACCUUUUCUUGUGAGUGUCAGAGCUGCCAACUCUGCGAAAAGACAAGGUUUUUGCUCCCACGCCUCUUCUUCUGCGGCUUUCUGUUCCCCCUAUGUUGGCUGCUUAGCAUCACUCUCUUUGGCUACACAUGUUGCGUGGUGAGAGGUGGGGUCAAGUUUCCACAGCUAGAUGCUGACGAGCUACCAACGUUUUAUGAGCUGGAAUUUAGUCGCACCUGCGUCGCGACGCCGAAGGAGCUCAAAAAAUCCAAAGCUGUUGAAACAAUAUUUGGACGCGAACACCAAAGUAAUUCAAAGUCAAAAUCUCGGUCCUUUACUGCUAAUCAAAGCGACUUCAUCGCCAUAGCCAAGCUGGAAUACCUUCGUUCCGUUUCCAACGAUGUCUUGACAAGUCACAACGAAAUAUACCGGUAUCAUCGAAAUUGGGCUCUUCGAACCUCGUUAGCAUUGGCAGCUUAUCCUUUGUUCGCCAUAUUUGCUGUAUGGAUUUCGAAGAAGUAG